AUGCUUGGUCUGUCUCUGGCUCUUGAACCGCUUUUUGGCAGAGCAAUCGGUGCGAAGGACUUCAAGUCGAUGGGUGCAUGGUUGCAAAGGAGCCUGAUCAUACUGUUGCUUGCCGACGUGCCCAUAUCUGUACUCUGGCUGAAUGCUGAAGCAAUCUUGCUGGCGUGCGCUCAGCCCAAAGAGAUUGCCGCUAUCGCUGGACUUUUCCUGCGGUAUCAACUACCCCAAAAUAGUCUAAUGGCUAUUGUCAUGCCGCUCCGUCUCUUUGCGCGGUCUCAAGGCCACACGACACCAAUUGCAAUGGGCGCCUCCCGCGGAUUUCUGCUCCAAAUCCCCCUGAACUAUCUGUUCAUGGACUACAUUCGACUGGGAGUCGUUGGGCCUGCAAUUGCAGGGUACUGCUUCGAGAUUGUGCACAUCGUAUUCCUUGUGUCACAUGGAGCCUACAACCAGACAUUCGCGCCGUGCUGGCCUGGAUGGUCGCCACGUGUAUGGGCUGUGGGUUGGGGUACUUUCUUGAGACUGGGAGUUCCUUGCUGUGCCGCACUAUGGUUGCAAGUAUGGUCGUUCGAAACGCUGGUAUUGAUGGGUGGUUGGCUUCCGAAUCCUGCUUACAACAUUGCUGCCCUUGCCAUUGCGUUCUACAUCAACGCUGUGCUCUCUGGGAUCACCUUUGGUGUCGCAACGGCGUCAAGUACGCGAAUCGCCAUGGCCCUAGGGGCAAACAAGCCCCAGAUCGCGGCUCUUGCUUCCAGGGCCUUCCUCCUAGUCGGCCUCGGCCUCGGUGCUGUGAUUGCCCUUGCGCUUGCGGCCUUCCGUAACCCACUAAUCGGCCUCCUGACUUCGGAGCCCGAAAUGGUCCGCCGCGCAUCCAAGAUCCUCCUUGUGCUUGCUUUGUAUGCCGUUCUAGACAGCCCACAGCAGGUCGCACAGGGUAUUCUGCAAGGCAGUGCGCGUCCCCACGUUGUCUUCCUCAUAGUGUUAAUUACUCAAUAUCCAAUUGGGAUCGUUGCAUCGUUCGUGCUUGGAUUCAAAGAGCGUCCAGGCGUUAGUGGACUAUGGAUGGGGAUGGUCAUUGCUGACGUAGCACAAUUAGGAGCGGAGGUGACCUUGGUAUGGCUCACGAACUGGGAGAUUCAAGCUGCAAAUACGGGCACGCAACUAGCCAGAUCCCUAGAGAUAGUAUAUGCGGGGGAAAAUAUUAGCUAUGCAUCGGUUGCUAUGAAGCAAACGUAUAAACCGUGA